AUGUCUUUCUCGUCAUCACAAUCAUCAUCUUUGAGCAUGGGUCCCUGGGGUUGGGUUUUUGACGACCCUGUUAUGGCUGGCUGGGAUGAAUCGCCCUAUAGCAUGCCUAUCUCUUCACAACCCCUUGACGAGCUGUUCAACGUCUACUCCUCGGUGCCACUCUCGCGGGGCGUCUCGUCGGAGGGUAGCACCACCAACCCUCAAUCCCUCCCAGCCUCACCCUUGAGCGCCAAUUUCGAUUCCGUUCAAAGCAGCCCCGUCUUCGGACCGUGCUUUGACCAGUCCCUGGGUCACUUCGACUUCGUCCCGGAUCUCUCUCUCUCCCCUGGGUCGGCACCCGCAUCUUUCCCGAUGUAUCCCCAGACACUCAUGGAGAUCCCAAGGACCGUGCCAUAUCGGCAGAGUCCUCCCACCUCUGGCAUCCUCGCCCACUCCCGCUCCAUCGCUCACAAUGCUCGCCGAGCCCGCAGAGCUCGCCCGGCGACCAGACCCUCGGGGGGCUACGCCUGCCUAUCGGCCGGUUGCGGCUCUGGGCCCUUCAAUCGCUACGCUGACCUCGAGCGUCACUACCGCGACUGCCACUGUCCAGAGGAAGAGCGCGAGGCCUUCCCAUGUGACUACAAGAAGUGCCCGCGCAACGUGGACCCAUUCCGCCGUCGCGACCACUUCCGUGACCACCUCCGCGACUACCACAAGGAGGACAUGGAGAAGCGUGGCGUCCCCGUCACCGACGAAUGGCUCGACGGCCGCUACAUCCCAUCGGACUGGUGGCGCUGCAUCAAGUGUCUCGAGCGCAUCCACAUCGAGCCGCAUGGCUUCGAGUGCCCCAGCUGCAAAGUGCCCUGCCACGAGAAGCGACGCGAGAAGCGCCAGCGAGUGGCUUGA